AUGCGUUCAAUUCGAUUUUGCGGCGUAGUUCGUUGUUAUAUUAUCAUUGCACAUUGCACACUUGAAGCAGUAAUACGACUCUCGGCGUUAAUAAUAAUAAAAUGUAAUCGUCUCAACUCGCAGUCGCAGUUGUCGAAAGACGUCAUGAUUCCACGUAUUUUUGCCCGUUUUUGUGGGCCAUUUAUCGUGUCGAUGUCCUUGCACGGCAGUUGCGCGCGCAUUCCACCAGCCAUCUUCGCCAUCGCAGCGAUCAGGAUCGUCCGGCGACGACGAAUUCCAGCCGCCGCCGACAAGCGACCGUUGGACCCGGCCAACCACCGUUCGGCGGGCAGCUGA